AUGGCAUACAGCAGGCAAGCUAAGGACUUUGUUGCCAUUUCUGAUUUACACCCAAAUACAACACAUCCGAGAGUGGCUGGAGUCAUCAUUGGAAAAACUGAUGUCAAAAGCUUUCCAGACAGGAAAAGUAUUGGUUUUGACAGAUUCACUUUCGGCUUCACAAUCAAGGACUCGCCAGACUAUUUCAUUAAUGUUUCCUCGUGGGGCAACGAUGGAUACAUCAAUGGGCUCUCUAACAGCUUCCGCAUAGGAGACUGUGUUAUUAUAGAAAAUCCUUUAGUUGCUACCAAAGAUCCUGAGAAAGAGGAUAGAUUCUGCCCCUCAACUCCCAGCUUAUACAGGUUGCUGGUGAGUGAAGCUCACUCCCAGCUAUCAAUAGGCUCUGACAUAGAGACGAUGAACAGGCUGCUGCCUCUGCUCCACCUGCCUGUGAAGGACUCCAGGGACUUCUACUCUUUGGGAGACAUUGUGGCCAACGGACAGAGCCUGGACAGGACCGUCAUUAACAUACUCGCCGCCGUUCGGUCGAUUGCAGAGCCAAAGUUUUUCACCACGGCGGACGGACGCAAAGGGCAGAGGCUAGAAGUGAAGCUCUUUGAUGAUUCUGUCACAUCUUUUCCCUUAGUAUGCUGGGACAGAGAGGCCAUUCAGCUAGUUCAGACUCUGAUACCAAGAGAAACAGUGCUCUUUAUCUCGGAUGCCAGGAUUGGUUUUGACAGCUUCCGGAACUGCAUGACAGCUACAGUCAAUUCUAAAACCAUAAUCACUGUCAACCCGGAUACAAAGGAAGCCAGCCUUCUGUUCAGCUAUGCCAAAGAGGUCUCUGAGUCUGGUGUGUUGGAUGAGGAUGACAGGCCUGGAGAUGUGUCUGUGGAUUCUAUCAGUGAUGUGUACACAGUGAGCCAGCUCAAACUCAAAGCCCAGGAGAACCCGGAGGUAUUCUGUGGAAUCACCUACAGCUUCAUCUCCAAACUAGAUCUAGACACCUCUGUCUCCAAAGUCAUCAGAAGCAGGUGUUCCAAGUGCAGGUACCAGGUGAAUGAGGAGAUUCAGAGCUGCUCCAACACAGCCUGCCCUGGGGGAGACCAGCCUCUGACUGUGACCACAGGGUUUGAUCUUCUGGUGGAUGUGACAGACCACACAGGAACCCUGCAGUCCUGCUCCCUGAAUGGCACUGUCGCAGAGAAGACUCUGGGAUGCAAUCCCGAGGAGUUUGUGAGUUUAACAGAGGAUGAGCGAACGGCGAUGAAAUGGAAGAUUCUCUUGGAAAGAUGCAAAGUAUAUAUCAAGAUCACUCCCUCUCCCAAAAGCAGAAGUGGAAUGAGAGGCAAUGUCCUGCAGUGUUCCCUCGCUGAUCCAGGAGAAGUGAAGCAGAACAUGUCUGCCCUGCAGUAAUCUCGUUCACCAGUUGUGUGGUUGGGUCCAAGUGUGGCGAGUCC